AUGGCACUGAGACAUAUUCCAGGCCCAGCUUGUAUAACAUGCCGUGAAAAGUGUCGCAAAUGCGACCGCACUAAACCUGUCUGCCAAAGAUGCAUAAACAAGGGCCUUGAAUGUAAAGGCUAUCCGGAUAAAUUUCGCUUCGCGGGACUGGCAACCCGGGGCAGGUGGAAGAACAAAGCAGUUCCCACUGCAUCCCGCAGCCACGGUGUCCAGACGCUGGCGGGAAUUGACAAUGACCGUGCAGCCUAUUCUCUUCGAGGGGAGAAUGCACAGCAACCAAACAAUAAUUACCGGACCAGUGGCCGAAAUAGUGAAGCAAUUGGGUCAAUUGUUGGCCAUCACUCGCCCCAAUCCGGGGGCGAACUACCAAAGCUCAGAGCACGCUAUAGGCUGGACAUUAUCCGAUCACUUGCAGAUCCACAGCGAUUAUGCUUCUCUUCUGAACUCCGAGAGUCUAUUGCCACAUUUGGAGACUUGAAGUUCGAGCGGGUCAAUGGUUGUCCUCGAGCUUUGUUCCUGAUCAUGGGCAAAGUCAUGGAACAUGCAAAAAGCCAUGCUAUGGGCAGAAGUACCAAAUCAGAAUUCCAAACCUCCCUGAAUUCUUGCAGAUACGAGUUGUUCUCAUGGAAUCUAACGCCCGACAAUUAUCCAAAUGACGAUCCUCGCUGGGGUGCAGUCGCCGAGGCAUUCCGCCAUGCAUGUAUACUACACACAUCCCGAUUACUGGAUGUAAGCCAACCACCCCAAGCACCCAUCAUACAAACCUCAGUCACGGCAAUAUUGGAUGCGGUUGCAGAAAUUCCUGCAGAUUGCCGCCUUAUCGAGUUGCUGGUCAUGCCACUGUUUAUGGCUGGGGCUGAUGCCUUAUCUUCGUUCGCUCGACACUAUGUGUUGCUGCGAUUUGACCAUGUCAAACACCAUGGAGGACUUGGCAACCAUGUGCCCAUUUCCCUACUAAAGUUUGUCUGGGAUGGGCGUGGGGAACAGUCGAAACAUGACGAUAGCAAUGUUUAUUGGGCAUGGUUUACGCGCAACUCAGGAUCUGAACCUCAACAUGAUUAUCUCAUUAUAUGA